GGAAUGGUGUUCGCGCCAGUCACGCUCCUGACUGGCAACGUUACUCCAUCCUCAGCGCCAGUCGUACUUGUGACUGGGAAUAUUGCUCUCUCUUUAGCUCCAGCCGAUGCUUAGAUUCGGUGUUCUCACCUUCGCGUUUGGCUCAAGCCAGUGUGACUCAAUCGCUCGUAUGCCGAAUGAACCCUGCAUGUAUCGGAGUAAGAGGUGUUGCGCAUGGAGCCCAUGGGAUUAAUGAUUUUCGAGAAGAUCAUCUUCACGACUAUCGCAUCCGCCCUUCAGGCAGAUACCAUGGCCGCUUUCGAGCAGACUUCGACAGAGGCCAGGGACUUGAUAGGAGCGACACGUACUUGGGCUGGCCGAGAAGCAGCAAAUGUAAACGAAUCGAUGCGAGAAGCAUGCCCUUGGAAUGAGGAUGGUAGUUUCGAAGACGAAUAUUUCGUUUAUCGGGUGGUGCUCAGCACCCGCAGAGCGGCGGUACUCCAGGCGUUCGCGGUGGCAAAGGGCCUAGACUUGAGCCACUUCGAGAACGACGGCACGUGGAAUUUCAUUCCUCGCUCUUGGUCGUGGACUGCCUCCUACGUCCCAGCAUGCUUGAUCCCAGCGUCUGUCUUCUACGACUCGCUCUGCACUCUGGCUUCCCUUGCUGGCCAUAAGGGCAUCAUCAAGGCCUGCCUGGGGGUGGUCAAUGGAACUGCCCGCAUGCGCCGUCUCGCUACCCAGGCAAAGGCAGGUCGGCUAGACACUUUCAGUCUCAUCGCCGAGCUCGAGGUAUGCCUUGUUGCGCGGUUCAUUCUGGAUAGUUCAGUCGGUGACAUUUCCACCUGCAAGGAAGAGUGGUGUGACAGGUUCAGGAGAACAGACGGUUUUGAUCCUCUCUAUAGCGACUCUAGCGCUGAGGAUUCCCUUAGCGUUUCCAGCGAGGUGGAGGGGUUGCCUGGGUUUGAAUGAACUGAGUCAUGGUGGUUGUUCACCACCGGAGGAUGAGCAAUUUGGGCGCGUCGUGGCAUAGCGCCAUUCACAGUAUGCCAGCUAAUCAGCCUCGUGCUCUGGAUAUGCAGCGCCAGUGCCCACCCGAUUCUUUGGCGGCACCUUCACAAGAAGAAACACCUGGGCCAUACAGUGGAGCCCGUAGGAUUCGACGCGUUGACCAAUCAAUCUCCGAGGGUCUUUAAUGCUGCCGCGGACCCUCCCCCCAAAGCUCUCGGCUGGCAAUUGAACUCCUUCCCCUCCUCCUCCUUCCCCUCA